UUGGCUUUUGUAAUCAUAGCACUUGUUAUUAUUAUUAUAUUGGCAUAUUUUUUUAUUUUGAUGAAUUUGAUUUUAAUUUAAUAUUCGGUGCAUAGUUUUCGUGUGUCUUCGAUUUGAGGUUGUCGUACACAUCUUUGAAGUCCUUCUUGUCGCUGUUCUGUUCUUCAUUUGUUCAUUCAGAAUGGAAAACCAUUCUACUGUGGAACACAUUAAGCACCAUUAUUACUACCCACUUCCUGCUUCAGAUUCUUCAGCUGCAAAAGCUGAUCUUAACGAUAAGGAUGAAGAAGAAACUAGUACACAUGAAGCCAUUGAAGCGGAUUCUGAAAACAAGCAUAACACAUCACAGAAUAACCAAAAUAAACCUGGUCUCAACAAAUAUGCAUUUGCCGGUGCUAUUUUGGCUUCCACAAACUCCAUUCUCUUAGGCUAUGAUAUUGGGGUGAUGAGUGGUGCUACACUUUACAUAAGGGAAGAUCUGAAGAUCUCAUCUGUUGAAGUAGAAGUCCUUGUUGGGUGUCUGAAUGUGUGUUCACUGAUUGGAUCUCUUGCUUCAGGGAAAACUUCUGAUUGGAUUGGAAGAAGGUACACAAUAAUGAUUGCGGCAGCAACAUUCUUAAUUGGUGCUUUGUUAAUGGGAUUGGCUCCUUCAUUUCCAUUUCUCAUGGCUGGGCGGGUAGUUGCUGGCAUUGGUGUUGGUUACUCCCUCAUGAUUUCACCAGUGUAUGUGGCAGAGCUUUCUCCAGCACUCACUAGAGGCUUUCUUACUUCACUCCCUGAAGUGUUCAUCAGUGUUGGCAUUUUGUUUGGUUAUGUAUCCAACUAUGCUCUUUCAGGUCUCCCAAAUGACAUUAAUUGGAGAAUCAUGCUUGGUCUUGCAUCAUUGCCAGCUAUUGCUGUGGCACUUGGUGUGUUAGCAAUGCCUGAGUCACCUCGCUGGCUUGUAAUGAAGGGUAGGUUUGAGGAAGCAAAGCAAGUUUUGAUAAGAACAUCAGAGAACAAAGGAGAAGCUGAAAUGAGGCUUGAAGAGAUUUCAGAAGCUGCUUCUAUCACAAACAAGGACAAAGCUUCUUCUUCUUCUUCUUCAGGUAUGUUGCAUGGUCCAGGAGGUGUUUGGAAGGAGUUGCUUGUUAGACCUACUCCUCCUGUGCUGAGGAUUCUUGUGGCUGCCAUUGGUGUUAACUUCUUCAUGCAGGCUUCAGGGAAUGAUGCUGUGAUAUAUUAUAGCCCAGUGGUGUUUAAGGAAGCUGGGAUUCAAGGUGAGAAGCAGCUGUUUGGUGUUACAAUCAUCAUGGGAGUAACCAAGACUUGUUUUGUUUUCUUGUCAGCAUUGGUGUUGGACAGGUUUGGGAGGAGGCCCAUGUUGUUGUUGGGCACAUCUGGCAUGGCAGUUUCACUGUUUGUGCUGGGCUUGGGCUGCACCUUGCUUCAGUUCUCUGAUAACAAGCCUGAAUGGAUCAUUGCUUUGAGUGUGGUUGCUGUCUGUUCAGCAGUGUCCUUUUUCUCUAUUGGGCUUGGGCCCACAACAUGGGUCUAUUCUUCAGAGAUUUUCCCUAUGAGGUUGAGGGCCCAAGGUUCCAGCUUGGCUAUUUCUGUGAACCGUUUGGUGAGUGGGAUAGUGUCCAUGUCAUUCCUUAGUGUUUCAGAAGCAAUAACGUUUGGAGGCAUGUUCUUUGUGCUUUCUGGGGUUACUGUGGUUGGCACACUUUUCUUUUAUUUUUUCUUACCUGAGACCAAAGGCAAGAGCUUAGAGGAGAUUGAAGCUUUGUUUGAUGAUCAGGCACGUUGAGUUUCAGAGCAAGCUCUAGGACAAGUCCUUGCUUAGGACAAAUCCUACAUCUCUGAUACAAAUGUGGUACAUUUGGUACUUGUUACAAUGGUCAAAACUAGAAAGUUGGAAGUGAAAUUCUCGAAGAGAUUGGCAUAUAAGUGCAAUUCUUUUUGUUUAAUUUAUUGUUUUGCAUGUUAAGGCACAUGAUUGAAUGAAUGUUGGGAAAAAAAAUGAAAAAGGCUAGAGUGGUUGGCACAUUUAUACCACAUCUUAACAUUGGAUAGAUUAUAGUCUUGUAGACUAUUACAAAAUUAGGCAUACCCUGGGAUGAUUCUCCUUGGGAUAGUUGUUUGGAUAUUUUAGGUUUCUUGUCUCACUGGACAAUGUAUUUAUUGAGGUAUCUGAUUUUAUUUUUCUCUGUGAGAGUGUCCACUGAUACGUGUGUUUUGUGAUCGCUAAUAUUAAUGAUGUUAGUGUUAAGUCACUUCACAAUGAGAGAGACUCUUCAUAGAUUUGCUGUGGUGAAAGAAUGAAUGAGAGAGCAUGCACGAUGGUGAGUUUCAAAAUUAGCAUCAGCCUAUAACAAAGUGAGAGCAGAUUCAGAAUGACUUUCAACAAUCAGAAAUUGAAUGCUUCCUUGCCGGGGCCCAAGGAGAUAUUUUUAAUAUUAUGGGCAACUAUCCUUAAGAGGCCAAUUCACAUGAACCACUAUUUUGAUGUAAUAUAUAUGAGCCAUAACCUGAUUUGUAUUUUUAUGAGAACAAGCAUGACCCAGUUGCCAC